AUGGCCGAGGCACUUGCUAUUAUCGGGCUGGUAUCUAAUAUCAUAUCUUUCAUCGACUUCGGCAUCAAAUUCGCUUCUGGAGCUCGAAACGUGCGCGAUUCCGUUCACGGUACGACUGCGGAGGUUCGAGAGCUUGAACUCAUCGUGGAAGAUGUUAAGAGAUAUCACGAGCGAGUCAAGAAGCAGCAAGCUUCCGGUCAAAAGCUGUCCCUGAAGAGUUGCGCAAGAUUAUCGCCCGGCUACAUGUGCGCCAAGGUCGCUCGAAGACCCUCGAAAGUAGUCGCGUCCUUUUCCAAGGUCUCUGGAAACAACGCGACAUCGAGGCUCUACGAGCAAGGCUUGAUGCGCUAG